GAUUUCUAAACGAAAGCGCCAGCUCUUCACUUGGAGGUGAAAGUGCCGCUUUGUUGACAUCCAGAAAGUGCUAGGAGCCUCUUCAUAUGGACCAGACCAGGAAAGACACAGCAGCACUCUCCCGGCAGAAUGAAGACCAUACUCAUUCUGUUCACGAUCUGCUUGACUAAUUGUAAUUUAGAACUGACUUCUCUUUCCUAGCUUUUAAGUCCCAACACGUAUAAUCUUUCGUCUCCUGCACUUUCAGCUACUUUUUAAAGGGUCUUCUGAUCGUAGACAUGAAAAAAAAAAAUCACUCCUUUAAAAAAACGAUAUUUUAGCGAAUCAAGGAUGUUGCAGUAGACUCCAGCUGAACAAACGACUUAAUUGCCAAGCUGACCGCAGGGGCCUUGAAAGCAGCUCGGAGUCGGUCUCCAGGUUCGCCGGGAGAAGAUUCCCUUAGCCCAGUCGGAGGCAUUCCUCGCAGACCUCCUGGACAAAGUGUGCGAGCGCAUGAAUGACUACAGACUCGAAGAAGACCCCGUGACCAAGGAGAGGACUUUCAAGAGAUUUGCUCCGAGGAAAGGAGACAAAAUAUACCAAGAAUUUAAAAAAUUCUAUUUUUAUUCAGAUGCUUACAGACCGUUGAAAUUCGCGUGCGAGACUAUAAUAGAAGAGUUCGAAGAUGAAAUAUUUUCGCUUGUCACCCAGGAGGCACACCAGCUCGCUGACGCACUGUGCGGUGGAAAGUCAGGUCUGUGUGAAACGCCCACUAAGCAUACUGAACUCUAGUAAUGACGGUGCCGCUAGCAGAGAGGAGUCACGGCGCGGCCCCCAAGGCCAACGUCUGCGUUUCUGUCUUCACGUUUCUUCACAAGAAAAAGCGCUGUGUCUCUUUUUCAUACUGCAGGCUCUCAUCUUUGAUAUUUUACUGAAUAUCUCUUCUUUGGCAUCAUGACAAAUCCCACUUCUUUCUCCAGGUGCAGUUGAGGAGUACAUGAAACAACUACUUUUGUGGAUUUGGGUAUUUACAAACCGUCUUGGCAGGAAAGCAUCUAGUUUAGUGAGAGGACAAACGUGAAGACACGUCACAAAUGAAAUAAGGGUUUAGUAAAACGCGCUGCAGUGUCCACGCGCAUAUAGAAUAUAGUGUCCUGUUUGACAAGGACUUGGUUUGAUUUCAUAAGUACUUGAUCAGUCACAAAAUUAAGAAAAUGCAUUGCAAAGUUCCAGGCUAAUUUUUCUGGGCUGUAUGGCUAUCACUGAAAGAAAUGAAUUCACUUUAUGUCAGGAAUGAAAUUUAAAUUGCUGGAAACCUUAAGUUUAAAUACUUUCUAAUUCCUAAAAUUUAACCCAAUGAAUAGAAAGCAGUGAACACUUUAAUAGUGAACAGUUAUAUUGGCCUUUCUAAUGCACGCGUUCUGAACUGAACUGGUUUAGAAAGUUGGUUUAUUAUUCGUGUAUUUGUUAUCAUGUCUUCUUAAAGGCUGACACCAAUGGGCACGUUUGCUUUGCUGCAAACUCUCCUGUCAUGCUUUGUUUUUUAAAGGUUUUCACCUAGCAUUUAGCAUGUAGAUUUUACUACUAACCAACUAUUGUUCUGUCUGUGGAUGUUUUUGUAGGUGUGGAGAUGGAAGGAGAGGUGGAAACUUAUAGAAAAUUGCCUUUUGACCACCUUAAUGGAGUGUAGUAAUCUCACUCUUAGAGAUUUCAUUGUCUUGGGGAAUCUAAUUUGUUGGAGAUUUCACUGUCUCUGUUAAAUUUACAUUUAGUGGAAUAAAACUUUAAUUGUUUAAAAUGUCAGGGCAUGCUUCACACACGCGUUUGAAAGAAGAAAUUCUCAUUGUUAUCCCUGAGAAAUGUAUAAAGUGGGUUGAUGUUCCGCCUCCAAAAGCAGAAACUAUUUGCCAUGUGUUAUGUGGUUACCUAGAAAGCACAUUACUUAAACUGUUCAGCUGACACUCGGGAGAAAACAGUUUGUAAGUUUAGAAAAAUUUGCCAACAUGAAGAGAAAGAGGUUUCCUCUCUCCCUUUCCCACCUCAACUUGUGUUAAAAGUCAGGCUUCUAUGUCAAUGUCAUUCAUUCAGUGAGAAAGUUUCUGGUUUCCUAGCUGAUUGAGAAGUGUGUGGAGCCAAAUAUUAGAACCCGGUAAAUCUGCGCUGCCUGAAGCUGACAAAACAAUGGAAAUGGCAUUUAAGAAUCAUUCGAGUCAUUUUUCAGGACGGUAGGAAAACUGACUUAAAGCGUGGUGCCUAAAACUUUCGUAAACUCACCUAUUCAGGUUUCGUUCACUUAUCAGAUAACAGGCCAUAAACGUUUUCCUACCUUCGGCUUCCUUGGUAAACACUAAACUGUGUCUUCACGGGAACACGGCAGAGACGCUGGCAUGGAGUCCCCGCUGGGAGCGUAACGUGUGUGUGGGGGGUGUCGCUGACAAACCCUUACAUGGACAGUGCCCAUGCCAUUGUAGAAUUUAAGAGAGCGUGGGCUUUGGGUUCCACCCUGAGCGGCCGUGGGGCGGUCUGCCUUCACGCCACUGAUGGUGUUUCUCGUGGAUGCUGAUGCUUCUGCUGUGACGAGAAGCACGCGCCUCGCCUCUCACAGUGAAUAUCUCAAGGUUUUGCUCAAUAUGGCUAUUCAGUUUUUUCUAACUUCCUAGUAAAAAUAAUCUUGUCUCUUACAAGAUUUUCAGUAUCUCAUGACGUAGCUAUUUUUCUUUCCAGAUCAAACUUGCUAAACUCGUGUAAACGUUUGUGAUUGCUGAUUAAAACUACAUUUGAAUCCUG